AUGCACAAUGCCCUGAAGAUCAAUCGGCUGAACACCAGUCUUUCUCUCUGUCUCUCUCUCUUUCAUCUCCAGCUCUUAAACGGUCGAACACACUUGACACCCACGCAGGCCGCAGCCAACGGUCACCUCUCCAACGGUUUGCCGGCGCGAAACAGAGCCAGUUCAGGAGUGGGAGGAUGGAUGGGAGACGAGAGCACCAGCAGGGCAAAACGUGGUGCCUCUGUUUGGACUGGGGGAAACGGGGGAGGAAGAGGAAGGAGAGAGGAGGAGGAUGAAGAGGAGGAAGAUGAGGAAGAGGAGAGAGGGCAGACCUACCCACUUGAAGUUCUCUCCGCUCCUCCCUCCAGUCUGGACUCUACCCUGCGGCACAUUGUUAAACAGCUGGAUAUUCUCACACAGGUCAACGGUGUCGGUGCGGAGGAGCGUCUCACGCUGACGGAGGACAAGCUGAAGGAGUGUCUCCUCAACCAGUCCCAGAUCCUGAAGGACGUCCAAUCAGGAGAGAGGAGCCAGGAGACGGACGGAUCACCUGUCCAUUUCACCUGAGGACGACCUCGCCCUGCCACACACACAAACUGCAACACACACUGCAACACACACUGCAACACACACAACGCAAUGAGUUGAAAUGCUUCACAUGGGUGUGUUUUGUGUCUGUCUGUCUGUGUGUCUAAAUGUCGACCUUGGUGGUCUCUCAUCUCAGGAGUCAGAGGGUUAAUCAGGGUGUGUGUGGUGUGUGUGUGUGUGUGUGUGGGUGUGUGUGUGUUGUGUGUGUGUGGGUGUGUGUGUGUGUGUGUGUG